AUGCCUCAUCACGAUGUCCUCGUCACCGGCUCGUCGGGCCAUCUCGGCACGGCAUUGAUGCUCACACUGCCCUCGCUGGGCUUCAACCCCGUCGGCAUCGACAUCCUCGCCUCGGAAACAACCCAGCACGUGGGAUCAGUCAGCGACCGCGCCCUGGUGUCGGGCAUUCUGCAAGCCAACCCGAUCAAGCACGUCCUGCACACGGCCACCCUCCACAAACCCCACGUGGAAAGCCACACCAAGGAACAGUUUAUCGAGACCAACAUUACCGGAACGCUGGUCCUGCUGGAGGAGGCGGCCAGGCUGGGCAACCAGGUCGAGAGCUUCGUGUUCUUCAGCACAACAAGCAGCUUUGGGCUGGCGCUGAGCCCCGAGCCCGGGUCGCCGGCGGCGUGGAUCGACGAGGCCGUCGUGCCGGUGCCCAAGAACAUCUACGGCGUGACCAAGGUGGCCGCCGAGGACAUGUGUGCCCUUGUGCAGCGGCAGACGGGGAUGCCGGUGCUCGUGCUGCGGACCAGCCGCUUCUUCCCGGAGGAGGACGACGACGGGGACAGGCGGCGCGCCAUGGGGGACGACAACCUCAAGGUCCUGGAGCUGGCGUACCGGCGGUGCGACGUGGAGGACAUUGUCUCCGCGGCGGUGUGCGCCAUGCGCAGGGCGCGGGAUGUCAAAUGGGCCAAGUAUAUCAUCAGCGCGCCGCCGCCGUUCUCCCGCGAUGCCGAGACGCUGGCUCGCCUGGACUCGCGGCCCGAGGAUGUGUUUCGGAGCGUGGCGCCGGGGGUGGACGAGGUGUUUGGGGCCAGGGGGUGGAAGCACCUCGCGAGGGUUGAUAGGGUGUACGACUCGGGCAAGGCUGUGCGCGAGCUGGGCUGGCGGCCGAAAUGGACGUUUGUGGAAACGAUGGAGAGGCUGGCUAGGGGGGAGGCGUGGAGGAGCGAGUUGACCGACAGGGUUGGCAAAAGGGGCUAUCACGCCGUGAGCACGGGGGUUUACACGAAGCGAUGA